CGGCCGAUACCAGAUCGAGUCGAGACAGUGACAUGAAUCACCGCAGCAAUUCGUCCCGCCGCGCAGGUGGACGCAGCGGCAGCGGCUUAAACAUUUCGGGACUCAACGUGGACAUUGAGAUGCUGGUUCAGAGUACGCAGGGCUCGGCCAUGCAUUUCGGCCGUAAGACGGCGGGCGAGAAGUUCCACGGAUGGCUCUGGAAGAAAUCCGGUCGCUUCUCCAAGUGGCGCAACCAACACUUUGUGCUUGACGGCGCUCUACUCACGUAUUACGACACGUUCCCCACGGACCAGUUCGUGUCGGAAUCGUCCUUAAUGCCGAUCCAAGGUGACAAUCUUUUCACGACGAAAAGCGAGUCCACCCCCGCCGGUGCCGUGCGUGUUGCACACGUAGAAACUUCGCAGAAAUCCAAGAUUGCCUUCAAAGUGUAUGCCGUGAGUGGCAAGAUCAUUGACGUCCGCGCCAAAAACGAGACGUUGUGUCGACAGUGGGUGGACCGAUUGAACGAGGCGGCGGCUCUGGCUAAACGUCAGGAGUCGCUGAACACCAGCACCACUAGCACCGCGUCGUCGACGCUUUCAGUGGGCUAUUCGGAUUCCGAGCUGGACUUGCAAUGCAACAUCGUGGACAAGAGCGGAUGGCUCGAAGUGGGCGACCGCAAGUCCAAGCGAGCGCGUUUCUGCGUCAUGCAGGGCAACAUGUUUACGGUUUACGAUACGGAGGACGCGUGGGCUGUGCCCCUCAGUCGCGCGUAUGUGACCCACGCAGAGAAGAUCAGUGAAAUCACUUGCGAGUUUUCCGUCUCGACGUGCGCUGGUAAAAUUACCAAGACGCUCAUGUGCAAGGCAAGGUCGCAGGACGAAAUGCAUCUGUGGAUGGAGGCGCUGAGCGGUGCGUUCGAGUAA